UAGAGCACCACUGCGGACCAACAUGAAGAUUGGUCAGCCGUGGCGCGGAGAAGCCACGCCCAAACGUUAGACACAUGUGAACGAUAAGUCCAUGUAUUUGUUACAUUUUAAUAAGCCCAUCAUAUACGAAUCGCGUGACUGACUGAAAAUCUGAUGAAUAUUGCCACUUCAUGACGCAGAUCCAACUAUUGUACCGAACGUAUCAAUUGCGCAUGCACACAGACUGAUAUAUACCGUUUGUGAGCACGCUUUGAAGCACAGUUUUCGCUAUACCAUAUCGUAUACUCGACUCUUCUCCGAAAAAUGAAAUGGCUUUUGACGAUAUACUUCUAACUCUAGGAGAGUUUGGGACCUACCAAAAGAUCACCUUUGCAUUGGUUUUUAUGUUUUGGUUUCCAGCUGCAGCUAAUGUUCUUGCUGUGGUUUUCUUGGCAGGUUCGUCAGACCAUUGGUGCCAGGUAUCUGAAUGGAACAAUGCUGACUGCACUGGGUUAGGAUUAAAUGAGAGCGAUUGCGCAUUCUACAAAAAAUAUCUCAGCAUUCCACAUUCCGUAGCAGACGACGAUACGAUUGUAUACGAUCAAUGUCACAAGUACGAUGUCUCCCAGGUAUCGUUUAGUGAUGCGAUGGCGUACUUUUUGGAAAACACCAAUCAGAGUGGAUCUCGCUAUGACUUCAUGUCAUGUGAUCAAGGAUGGGUGCACGACAGGGCGUUAUCAGCAUACACCCUUACCCAGUCGUUUGACCUGGUUUGUGACCGGAAAUACCUGAUCAAUCUGUCUCAAUCCAUCUUCUUCAUAGGCGUACUCAUAGGCUCUCUCCUUUUUGGUGCAAUUUCAGAUAGAUAUGGAAGAAAAAUAACACUUAUCAUCUCCAAUGUUCUCGUGGUUGUAUUCGGUGUCGGUGCUGCUUUUUCUCCGAACUACAUAACUUUCGUCGUGUUGAGGGCUUUCCAGGCUGCAGGAUGUUACGGGAUGCUUCUCAUCUCCAUGGUGAUAGGUACGGAGUUCGUCGGUCCAUCGAGACGGGCAUUUGUUGCCAUCUUCAUCUCCGUGUCGUUUUCCUUGGGGUAUCUUUUACUCACCUUCUAUGCGUAUCUGAUCAGAAAUUGGCGCUAUCUUCUACUAACACUGAAUAUGACCUUUGCCCUCUUCUUCUUCUUUUACCCCUUCAUCCCUGAAUCUGUAAGAUGGCAGAUCUCUAAAGGUCGAUAUAAACGAGCUGAAAUUAGUAUUAGAAAGGUCGCUAAGAUCAAUAAGGUCAAACUCACAGAUGACUUCUUCCAGCAAACCAACUUCUACAACUCAAAGGAUAGACAAGGUGACAAGAAACACGACACGAAUCUUACCGAUCUCUUUCGAACACCUGUCCUCCGAAAGAGAAUGAUGGUUAUGAUAGUUAUUUGGUACAGAGUUUGUAGGUCCGUCGAAACGUGCGUUUGUCAGCGUCAUGUUGACAGCUGUGUUCCCGUUAGGAUAUAUUCUACUCACUUUCUACGCCUAUUUGAUCAACAAUUGGCGCCAUCUUCUCCUAGCACUUCAUUUGACCUUUGCCCUCUACUUCUUCUUUUACCCGAAACGACAAAUCCUGAGAGGAACCAUGAUCCGAAUCUUAUCGAUCUCUUUCGAACACCUGUCCUACGAAAAAGAAUGAUCGUGUUGAUCAUUGUUUGGAUGACGAAUAACCUGAUCUUCUACGGAUUGCAUCUAAGCACGGGUAGCUUCGGGGUCAAUAUCUACCUUAGUUUUCUUAUCUCAGCAGUGGUAGAAGUAGUUGCUAUGAUCAUUUGCGUCCCAGUGAUCGAACGGGUUGGACGUCGAUACAGCCUCAUCGCUUGUCUCACCAUAUCCGGCAUCGCUAGUUGUAUCGCCAUUUUCAUCCCUGUCGGUGCCGCAAAAACUGGGGUAGCCAUGGUGGGGAAGUUUGGUAUCGCUGGUUCCUGGGCGGUUGGACUGAUAUACCCCUUUGAAAUAUUGCCGACUGUGACGAGGAAUGUGGGCAUUGGCAUCUGCUCCUCGGCAUCUCGUGUGGUUGCUAUAGCAACCCCUCUCAUGCUCCUCCUCUAUGAUGUAUGGGCACCUGGUCCUCUUGUUCUCCAAACCAUAGCUGCUCUGGUGACGGCCGCUCUAUGCCUCAUCCUCCCUGAGACCAGGGGCAAGAAGCUACCCGAGACGCUGGAAGAUGGUGAAACAUUUGGAAUAAAAACGAUAGAGGAUCGUCACAGCAUGGAAAAGUUACCAACAAAAUUAUGAAGCGGAUUGGUGACUGCAUCAUUACUAAUCUGCAAUCUUGGGCAAAAUCAUGGUCAAACCUACAAUGCAUGCAGGUGAUCUUGUGAAUGGUUGCACCAUCGAAUACCUGCAAUAGAGCCUUCAUCAUAUUACUGAUUGACGUGUUUUAUUUCUGGCUGUAAUAGUGUGGCCUAAUGCAUCAUCAAAUUUAGGCCUUUGAAAUAAACAAAAAUACCGUCCCUACUUUAUCAAAUAGUCAAAUAACAGAAAAUAAAAGUAGAUAUAUGUUCCACAAUGGCAUGCGAGAUAUAAAGUAGUUUUUCUUGUUUUCGAUAGAGAGUUGGUUUCUGUCACAGUUGACAAGGAAUUAUUAUGUCUACAUUAAUGAGAAAAAACUGUAUAGGUAUUGCAUAUGUAAAUUUAUAAAAAUGAAUUUAUUAUUUAUGUUUUAUAUGUUUUCCCAUGUACACUACAUGUACAUUACAACUGAUCAAUGGGUGAAUGUGGAAACGUAAAGAUAAAAAUCAACAUAUUAUACACGGUUCAGCAUUUGCUAAAAAUGCAUAAAGCUUGAACUUUAAGGAAAACGUACUAUAACUCGACGAUCUCUAGUUGCAUUGCAAUAAGCUGAAGAGAGGAUCUCCGACACACACGGAUAAUUUUCUUAGAUCUGACAACAGCUUUAGAGAGAAGUUAGUCCCUUAGGAUUAUAUGCCCGAUCAAUUAUAAACAGCGUUGUACAUAGUGUACAGAAUAUCAUUUUGAUCUUUAAUGACCCAGACGUCGUGGACGUGAACAUUGGUAAAGUAAUGUUUACAUUUGUUUGUUUUAAUGCUGAGUGAUGUAUCAUUAUUAGGCAAUAAUGGUGCAAAAGAGUAUUUUGUUUUAUUCCAUAGGAUUGAUGUUGUUUUGGUUUUUGAUGUGUAGGAACUGGAAAACUAAGAAUUAAAGAAGGAAAAAAGAAUCCCGUAUACGGUUAUCGCGCAAUGUAUAUACCUUGUAUUCUCAGCUCAUUUAUGUUUUAUAUGUUUUCAUGAUUCUUGACUAUGAUUGAGUGAUAUUAAGUUUGUGUGCCGUGUAUAUUUGUUUAUACAAUGUAUUUGUUUGUGUAUGUGUUUGUACUUCAGAAUCUGAAGAAGGCCUCACACGCCGAAAGCUCGUAAUAAACUUGUAAAGUACAGCUA